AAUGGAGUGCGCUGUAACGUAGAUUUGGUCGAGACAUAUCGCAGCGCAUAUUUUACGAUUUUCGGUGGACCGCCUUUUCUGUAGACGUGCAGCUGCGUAAAGUGUGCGAUUUAACCGAUUUUAAGAUUGAUUAUGGCAGAGGAAGAAUUACCGUCAGGGUGGGAAAAGCGUUUGAGCAGGUCAACUGGACAGCACUAUUAUCUUAAUGUGUAUACUAAAGAGAGCCAGUGGGAUCGUCCUGACAAACCUGCAGAACCUGUAUCCAGCAGUGGACCAGAGCAAGUGCAAUGCAGUCAUUUGCUUGUGAAGCAUCAGAAUUCACGGAGGCCAUCUUCUUGGAGGGAAGACACUAUUACACGCACAAAAGAGGAGGCUUUAGAGCUUGUCAAGUCAUAUCGUGAACAAAUUGUAUCAGGACGGGCGUCGUUCGCAGAACUGGCACAGAAGUAUUCAGACUGCAGUUCAGCGAGGCGAGGUGGUGACUUGGGACCCUUCGGCCGAGGUGCUAUGCAGCGACCAUUUGAACAGGCAGCAUUUGCUCUUAAAGUAGGCGAGCUCAGUGAGCCUGUCACUACUGAUUCAGGGAUUCACAUUAUUUUACGCACUGCAUAGGAGUAUCAACUAUACGUCUUGCUUACAGCAAAUUAUUUUAUUCAAAAUGCGUUACAGGUAUUACUUAAUUUGUUCAUGAUGUAAAAUAUGUAUAAAUUAAUGAAGGUCAUUAUUCAAAUGAUGCAUAGCUGGCAUUAGCAAACACUUCAGUGAAGUAUAGUAUGUGUUUUAAAUAUGAUCUGAGACAACGUCUAAACUAUUGUUAUACUUAGGAAUGGUGGAAAAUUGGUUAACCAUAAAAACAGUUAUCUGAUGAGAAAAGAUGGUCAUAAUGUAAGCAGUUGUUGAAUUAUUUACUGCAGAGCAGCUUUUAUUUUGCAUUGUUAUGUCUGCAAUUUUUUUCCCCAAGUUCAUUUAUUUUGUAUCGAAGGAGAAGGAUUGAAUCCUAUUUCUAGUUAAAAAUUGUUAAAUCACAAAAAUCUUUUAGUUAGUGGCAUCAGUUUGUGCAUUUAUAAAUAAAUACAUACUGUAUCUGAGUACAUCCAUUUUUUCAAUAUUUAGUUCAAAGACUGUGUAUUGUUUGUAAAGAAGGAAUGUAGGUUCAUCUUUUACUG